AUAUCUGGUUUACUUUGUGUGCAUUGGUUGUGUCCGAUUGUCUUAAACUAAUUUGUUGUACGAUUAUUUCAAAGAAUCGAUUGAGAUGGCGAGCGAGAACCCUGAAGUUGUUGUAGCUCCCACGGUGGAGAAUGGCGGCGCCGAAUCAUCCUCCAGAGGAAAAGAUGAACCUUUGGAAACUGAGCUUUCCAAGAAGCUCGAAGUUACAGAAGAUGGAAAAGAGGAGAACGAAGUAGAAGAAGAAGGAAGCAAAGCUGAGAGUUCAACAGCAAAGAAGAAAAAGAAGAAGAAUAAAAGCAAGAAGAAGCCCCAACAGACUGAUCCACCUUCAAUCCCUCUCGUUAAGCUUUUCCCAUCUGGAGAGUUUCCUGAAGGUGAAAUCCAACAGUAUAAGGAUGACAACUUGUGGAGAACAACAUCUGAAGAGAAGAGAGACUUGGAGCGUUUGCAAAAGCCUAUAUACAACUCAGUACGCCAAGCUGCAGAAGUUCAUCGCCAGGUUAGGAAAUAUGUGAGAAGCAUAGUGAAGCCUGGAAUGUUGAUGACUGAUAUAUGUGAGACAUUGGAGGAUACUGUUCGUAAGCUUAUAUCAGAGAAUGGUCUUAAAGCUGGUAUUGCUUUUCCUACAGGAUGCUCUUUGAAUUGGGUUGCUGCUCAUUGGACACCAAACUCCGGAGACAAGACUGUACUUCAGUACGACGAUGUAAUGAAACUGGACUUUGGAACACACAUUGAUGGACAUAUUAUCGACUGUGCAUUUACAGUUGCUUUCAACCCUAUGUAUGAUCCUCUCUUAGCAGCCUCCCGUGAAGCUACUUAUACCGGUAUCAAGGAAGCUGGAAUCGAUGUUCGUCUAUGCGACAUUGGUGCUGCAAUACAGGAGGUCAUGGAGUCUUAUGAGGUUGAAAUCAAUGGAAAGGUCUUUCCAGUUAAAAGUAUCAGGAACUUGAAUGGCCAUAGCAUUGGACCUUACCAGAUACAUGCUGGGAAAUCAGUUCCUAUAGUUAAAGGAGGCGAGCAGACAAAGAUGGAAGAGGGUGAAUUCUAUGCAAUUGAAACAUUUGGAUCAACUGGGAAAGGAUAUGUGAGAGAAGACUUAGAAUGUAGCCACUACAUGAAGAACUUCGACAUUGGCCAUGUCCCUUUGAGGUUGCCUAGAGCAAAACAACUCCUUGCUACUAUCAACAACAACUUCUCCACUCUCGCUUUCUGCAGACGUUAUUUGGACCGCAUUGGUGAAACCAAAUAUCUAAUGGCUCUAAAGAAUCUGUGUGACGCUGGCAUUGUUGAGCCGUAUCCACCUCUGUGUGAUGUGAAGGGGAGCUAUGUAUCACAGUAUGAGCACACCAUUUUACUCCGACCUACUUGCAAAGAAGUUCUUUCCAAGGGAGACGACUAUUGAUUCGGAUUCUCUGUUUUAUACUCUGUUCUCAUAUACUGUUCUUGAGAUUGUACACUGCUUUCUUUUCUUCUUGUGUUAUCACAGCUUUGAAUCAUUUCUAUAGAGCUUCAAUACAUUGCUAAAAGUCUAUGUAGUUGCCUUUUAAACA